GGUUUGACCGCAAUGACUCCGAGACAUGGAAGCGACUGUCAGAGACGGAGACAGGGCGUUAUUAUGAUGCGCGCCUUGGCAACGUCCUAGGCCAAGCGCUCGAGGACUGGGCCUUCAAAGGGCAUUUGAGCAACUGGCUUCAUCCUGGUGACGGCGGUGCCAGCUUCAAGUUCCACGAGAAGGACCCAAUUUAUGAGCUGGCUCAGCGAAUUCCAGUGAAGCAGGGCAGCCUUUUGAUAUGGGACCAGCGAUGUGUGCAUGGUUCACGCCCAAACUGCUCAGCACGUGUGCGAAUGGCUCAGUUCAUUCGGGCAGUCCGGAGAUCGUCCCUGAACAAAGACCGAGCUGUGGCCAGAGCACGGGCUGUUCUGCAGAAGGUGCAGGCGGCUGGACACCUCAAUGAAGUGUCGUCUGUGGGGUACGAAGUCUUUGGCUUCAGUGAUUUGCCCGAGGAAGAAUAUGCUCGGGCAAAAGGAUUGAACCAUUGCUGUGCGCGAGCUGGUUUUGUCGGCCUUAAUUGUUUGGUGCAGGUCUUCUUGGCAGGUGAGCGGCUCAAGCUAAGACACUGUUUUACAAUGGUGCCAGCGGCAUUUAGCACGGCCGGGGCAGCAUUUGGCGCGUCAUGGGGAGACGCAGCAUGA